GCAUCGAAACGUCAAACACGCCAGUUUGUUUACAACUCGCACUAUAUCGAGACGCGUUUGUUUACUCGUUUAAAAUAUUAACCAAAAUGUCGAGUACUCCAUUAAGAGUAAAAUACGUUAAAAUCAAUGGCUUUCCAUUAUUGAACAUUAGGUUAUUUUUGUACAGUGUGGCGUUUGUUCAUCAAAUUGUGACUGCGGUGGUGACUUUAACCAUAGAUAUGUCAAAAGAUGAAGAUCCUGUGGUCAGGAAUUACAUGCUCGUGCGGUGGAUGCUUAUCACAUGCUGGUUCAAUGUGAUACUGCUAGGGUACUUUCCGCUGUGCCUCUACUGUGACUGGUACGAGAGAAAGAAUGAAGAGUCACCUCACGUUCAGAAGCUAAGAAUACUCCGGGACGUGGUCAUGACUUCCAUUUUGGUGCCUAUCACGACUUUUUCCGACGUGACAUUCUGGAUGCUAUACAGAUCCUACUCCAAUAUAAUAGCACCAGAUCGCGUGUGGGAAUACCUGCCUCCUUGGGCUCAGCACUCCUUGCAUACAAUCUCCAUGGUGGCUGUGGUCAUAGACCUGAUCAUCACACCUCGAAGAAGGCCUGAUAGCAUGAAGACUGGACUAGCUGUCAUGUUUGGCUUUUCAAAUGUUUACUGUCUUAUGGUCUACAUAUUUCUUCUGUUUGGUAUCCCGGUGUACGCAUUCCUAGCGACUGCCAGUGACGUCCUUUUAAUAGCAGUGUUCGUGGGCUUUCACGUUGUGCUAAUAACCAGUUUCUAUGUACAAUGGCAACUUAUUGACUACAUUUGGGGACGGAAAGGGACUUUAUCUAGUACAAAGUUGAUUAAAAUCAGUUAGGAAUCUGUUUUUACAACUUGAAUCUCUUGUAGAACUUGAGGUUAAAGACAAAGUCAAGCUUUUCCGUUGCAUACGAAAAGCUUUGUAAAUUCUUGGAUUCAGUUAUUCUUGAAAUAUAAUUUAUUCUCAUUAUAAAGCUAUUAAAGUUUGUGAUUCAGAUGAAGCAAGAAUGCCUGUUUAAUAUUCACAAUAAUCAGUAUUUCGCGAAAUGUAUUCGCGUAGUGUGUUCAGGAUGUGGUGCUGGUGAUUUGAAUGUUUUGUUGUAGUAUAAACA